AUGCAGUUCGAGUCGGAUUACCGGUUCGACAUGGACGACUCCUUCAGCCUCUGCAGUCAGCCCAUGUCCUGCCCUUCCACCACCACCAGCUUCUCCUCCGCCUCAUCAGCCUACGACCCAUUCACUCCUACAUCUCGACGAUCAACACCUCAUGAAUUCGGCAACAUGGAUUUUGAUGGCCCCUACAACUCUGUCUCCCACCGGGGGGCAGAGCUGACCCCUCCCUCAUCAGCAAUGGGCAAGUUCAUGUUUGGCCCUGUCAAGCCUGAGCCUGAGCACAUCUCAUUCUCCGACUCUCUCCCCAACACCCCCAUGAAGCGAGAGCAACUCGGCUUCGAGUACGAGCACAUGAUGGACAUGAACAUGGCACAUCACGGAUCAAUGGGCUCAUUAACGCCAUCAAACUCCUUUGGCAUGUAUUCAUACUCUCCUGAUGCCUCAAUGGGCCCCGCCUCUUUCAUGAUGACACCAACCCAAAGCAUCUCUGGCUCUGAGGCUGCCGAGACCGGCUCAUCAUGGUCUUGUGCCAACGAUAGCCCCAUCUCGUUCUUCCCCAACAGACAGCUCUCAAGUGACUUUGACACUUUUGAUAUGGACCGCCACUCUCAGUCACCUCUUGGUUACCACAUUCAUGACCCCAACUCCCCCAACCGCAUGCGUGCUCAAAGGAAGUUGAUGGUGCAUGAGAUCCAACAGAAGAGUGCUGAACUUCAGCGAGCUCAGAUUCGAUCAUCGAGGAAGCGAUCGAUCAAGCCUGAUUCUGCUCAAGUUGAUGUUGUCCGAAGAGCCAUGUGCAAGUGUGACUACCCUGGUUGCCACAAGGCCUUCCGACGAAACGAGCAUCUCAAGCGUCACAAGCAAACUUUCCACGGCGAAGGACCUAACCGUUUCUCAUGCGAGUUCUGUGGAAAGGACCAGUUCAACCGCCAAGAUAACCUCAACAACCACCGCAAGCUUCACGCACGACCCAACAGCCGCAACCGCGGAGUUGAGUUCAUCCCUGCUGCAGUCCCUGUCAUUGAGCAAGAGGAGCGAAGCAGGAAGCGAAGAGCGCCCUCAAAGUCCAAGAUUGCUGACAAGCGGGGCUCAGAAUACUAA